AUGGACUGGCGAGCGGCUUUGGGCGUCCCGCAAACGGUCGAGGAGAACGUGGUCUAUUAUGCCGUCUACCCGACCUCGGAAGGCACGGACCUGGAGGGCCUCAGGAGGGCGUGCACCGAACACGCCCUGAGCUGCACUUGCGACUAUGUGUGGCAGAGAGAUGGCUUCGAGCUGCAGUGCAGCAACAGCACGGAGCCGCCCUGGGUCAGAGCGGGGAAACGGGAAGGCAGUGCACUCUCCACUCCCCCAUGCCUGUGGGGCGCCACGAGGUUCGGCGACAGCGUCGAGGACGAGUGGCUCAUCGUCUUCCUGCUGAAGCUGAUCUCCGCUCGCAUACCUGACAUCGCCAUCCAGACCUGGGAUGACGAUGGGCAGUUCCUCCUGAUCGAGGCGGCCUUUGCGAUCCCCAGGUGGCUGAAGCCUGACAACAGCGGCAACAGGGUGUGGCUGAGGGGCGGUAGGCUGCACAUAGUGCGCUCACCCGGGGGCACUGGGGCCCGUUCACGGCCACUGGCUCUCCAGGAAGCCUUGGUUGCAAUGAGCAGUGGGCAGGGAACGGAGGCCAGGGCAGGAGUACAGGCGGCACUGGAGGCCAGGCUGGAGGGCUACCCCGCAAGGGCACAGCAGAAUUUGCACUGGGCCAG